AUGACUACCACACCUACAAGCACCUUUGUAGACCGGAAGCCCUUACCCGCAGCCAUGAAGUUCCCCCGAAUUGUUGUUGAGGGCAACCUUGUCAUCAAUGGCAACGUGUACAUAGGGGUCCCAGUCUGCCCCUCCGGGGAUGCAUCUGGGUCUGAGGAUGCGAGCUCAUCGGACACCUCCUCGGAGCACUCUACCUCUUCCCGACCGCAAUGCACUUGUACCUCGUCGGUGUGUACCUCGUGCACCCCGUCUGAGGGCAGCAGCACCGUGGAGUGCGAGUAUUGUACCUGUAGCUGUCCCCAGCCUCACUAUCAUGGCGACGGCUCCUCGAGCACCUCUUCGGGCACCUUGGGGUCGCAGGACAAUGUACCCCGGUUCUUCAACUGGACUCCUAUACCAGUUCCGCGGGCCCGCGCGACGCCCGAGGUCUCCACGGCCCUCCUCUUCGAGGCCGAGGAUCUCCUCGACCUUCACCCCGAGGGUCCACCGUGCCCCGAGGCCUCACCAGCCCCGGAAGCAGGCCCAGCGAGCCCGUCACCCCGGCUCGGCCCCCUCUCCCGCGGGCUCACAAGUCACGAACUCCGCACACAGCCCGCCCCUAUCGAGCAACCGUUCGAGCUCUACCACGCCCACGUGAGCACCACGACCUUCGUUGUGCUCAUCGUGUGGACGAGCGCGACCCCCAUCGACUGGCAGGGCGAGCCGCUGCGCGUCAUGCAGCACGAAUUCCAUUGCCUGCGGGCCCUCAACCACACGGCCCAGGUCCUCCACGGGGUCAUCAAGGCCGGCAAGGAGAUCUGCCUGUACCGCGAGGCCGGCAACGGCGAGGUCGACCAGUUCACCCACAACGGCCGCUCCCACUUCCACGAGGAGGACGACCUGUUUAUGCUCCGCCAGUGGCGCGACCGCGUCCCGCGCGAGAAGAUCGAGGGGGUCAGCGACACGGACUCCGAUGUCUCGUCGCCCUACCGGCCGCGCUUAUCCUCCAGCAAGUUCUUGAAUAUUCGGGAGGAGGAUCAGGAUCCGCGGUAG